CGAUUGUCCUCCCCGCACAACUUGAUCAUGGCCCAAGUACAGACCAAUCCACGAGGUAUACCAACCUCACCGUUCGUUGAACGUGUUGAAGAUUAUGUUUCUGAUGCUGAACCAGUGGAGGUGGUGCUCAAGAAAUUCCAAGAGGCCAUCAGUAAAUACAAGUUUAUGGAAAUGAACAUGUUACAGCGAAGAAAGAUUCUGGAAGAGAAGAUUCCCGAGAUUCAAAAGACAUUGUCCACUGUCGAGUUCUUGAUGGAGAAGAAAGAUGGCGAUGACGAUACCCCUACCAUGGAGACCGAGUUUGAAUUGAACGACACGCUCUAUGCUAGAGCCAAAAUUGAGCCAAGCGGUACGGUGUACUUGUGGCUGGGUGCGAAUGUCAUGUUGGAAUACACCUUGGAGGAGGCUCAGGACCUGUUGGCAUCCAAGUUGGGAACGGCGAAGUUGUCGCUGAGCAACGCCAUUGAGGAUCUCGAUUUCUUGCGUGAUCAAAUCACAACCAUGGAGGUCAACACUGCACGAGUGUAUAACUGGGAUGUCAAGCAAAGACGUCUCGCCAAGGCACAAGAAGGAUCCGCCUAAAUGGAAUGAGUUUUAGACACCAAAAAAAUAAUAAUAAACCACCAACAACAAAAAAGAAAAAGCCAAUGCUUGUUUCGUAUGGGUUGUGAGCAAGAGUACACGCCUAGGCCAAGGUCAGACUGUUUCCUUUCCAAACGACUAGAAAUACUUUUUAUUGCAUAUCAAGUUGGGCUU